AAAGAUUCUUAAAUCAUGUAGGAAUUUACUUUCGACUGUACACAACUGAAAUUUUGUAGUUCAGAAUAAGCUAAAUAUGUCGGAUGAAAAUGACGCACCUCAAACAGCCAGAGAGGAUCAGCCGCCUCAAACAGCCAGAGAGGAUCAGCCACCUCAAACAGCCAGAGAGGAUCAGCCACCUCAAACAGACAGAGAGGAUCAGCCACCUCAAACAGCCAGAGAGGAUCAGCCACCUCAAACAGACAGAGAGGAUCAGCCACCUCAAACAGCCAGAGAGGAUCAGCCACCUCCAACAGCCAGUGAGGAUCAGCCAUCACCACAGGUGUCUGCCCCACAAGUCGACAAAGUUGACAAUCCGGCGUCGAGGAAUCAACUGAACCGUCGCUCAGGCGAUUCUCCUCCAGCAGCCGACAAGUCGUCGAGCAAUCAAAAUCAAAUAAGGCGCAAUCAGCCAAGCAAUCGAGAGCGUGAAGGCAAAAAUCCUCCCAAGAGUUACGUAGUCUAUGGACUACAGAUCGUUAGCGCCAUCGCCAUCUUCAUCGUGGGCUGCGUCAUAACGUACGAUCUAACCGGCUUCAGUCUUUAACAGUGCCUUAAGGAAGCUGGUUAACCAACCGCCUCUGGGUGAGCAGAUCAGUAAAACAGAAACAAAUUUUGUUAUGCAGCUUCGGUAAAGGGAUGCCCUACAGAAGAUGAUAUAAGGACAUACAAAUGUAUCCAAUAAGCAGCAGGAGCCGUGGUUGUCUACAUUAAGUACAUAUAUUAAUGAUCAAAUAUUCUUAGUAGUUCGAGAUAGAGAA